AUGUCGCAAGAGACAGGGCUGUUUAGCAUCAGACGCCCCCGAGAAUUUCUACAGACUCUCGGGAGCGUCCAGAAUUUCUCGGCAAUCCCGCAGCCCUCGUCGGCCAUGAAACGCACGAGCUCCAUCGGCGCCUUCCAGAAUCCUCCGUUCACGUCGCAGCACACGCGGUCUGGGUCUCUUUUGAACUCGGUCGGCCGGCCACAGCAACCGAACUUCCAGCGCUCCUCAUCGGGCGGUGGCUAUGGUGCAGACGCUGGUCUGUCGUCGGUCAGACGAUCCGUGUCCAGCAACAUCUUCCAUGGCGCCGGCUCUGGUCGUCCUAGCUAUGCCCCCGGCUCGCUCUCUUCUAGCGCAGCGUCUCAGAACCUGCAGCGGAGGAGUAGUGUCUUCUCACGUCCGUCGAUGGGUCCGAUGGUCCAUCAGUCAUUCUUUACCCAGGUGCCCUCUGCUGCCGGUGUACCGCGAGACCCGCGACCACUCCGAGACCGCUCCUUUCAGGCUCGUAUUGGACAGGAACUUUUGGAAUAUUUGACCCAUAACAAUUUUGAGCUGGAAAUGAAGCAUUCGUUGAGUCAGAACACGCUACGAUCCCCAACACAGAAGGAUUUCAACUACAUUUUUCAGUUCCUCUACCAUCGGAUCGAUCCCGGGUAUAAAUUCUUGAAGAGCAUGGAUGCGGAGGUGCCACCGAUUCUGAAACAGCUGCGAUACCCAUUUGAGAAGGGAAUUACCAAGUCACAGAUCGCGGCUGUGGGUGGUCAAAACUGGCCGACGUUUCUUGGAAUGCUCCAUUGGCUGAUGCAAGUCGCUCAAAUGAUGGAACGCUUUUCCCUAGGAGAGUACGAUGAGGCAUGUGCGGAGGCUGGAGUCGAUGUAUCGGGCGACCGCAUCAUCUUCCGGUUCCUGACGGGUGCCUAUCACGACUGGCUUCAAGGGGGUGAAGAAGAGGAUGAUGAGACGGCCGAACAACGGCUGGUACCACAUGUUGAAGCUAUGGCCUUGGAGUUCGAGAAGGGAAAUGAGCGAUAUGUGCAGGAAAUGCAGGCGUUGGAAGCCGAAAAUAGGGCCCUUCGUGAUCAGCUGGAGGAGUUGGAGAAGAAUGCGCCCAAUAUGGCCAAGUUGGACAAGGAUUUUAAGAUUCUGGAGGGCGAUCAGAAAAAGUUUGAAGACUACAACCGGAACAUAGAAGGCAAGAUUGAGAAAUACGAAAAUCGGAUCAGGUUCCUGGACGAGGAGAUCAGGAAGACUGAAGCAGACCUUUCAGCUGCUGAGGAGGAAAGGACGGGUCUUCAAGCGAGUGUUGACGGGCAAGGCAUCACAAUCCAAGAUAUCGAUCGGAUGAACACGGAACGAGAGCGAUUGCAGAAGAGCCUGGAAGACACUAUGGGCCGGCUGGAAGAAGCGCAUGCGCGCGUGAUGGAGAAGGAAGCCGAGGCGAGCAAGAAGCUGGAGGAUCUGGAGGAGAUUGUCAAGGCAUACAACACCCUUGGCUAUCAAACGAGCUUGAUCCCGUCCUCUGCAGUGAACGCCAAGGGCGAGGAGUAUGAGCUCUACCUGAAGGUCAACGAGACCAACUUCUCGGCGUCACAGAUCGGGGGCAGUGCACCCAGCAGGAUCUCAUCAGAAGCGGACAGGCUGGUGGCAGAGCCGUUCACGGGCUACCACCCUGCUCACCUCCUGAAUCUGGACCUACGCGGCGUCGUCCGUAGCAACCUGAAUGCAUUGCGCAAGGAGAUCAACGAGCGGCGCAAACGCGCCAUCGACGACGAUCUCGAACGCCGUAAUCUGCUAGAUAACAUCAAGGAGGCGAUGGACGAGAAGCGAAGCGAGGUCGAGGCGCUCGAACACAAGCGGCGCGCGGCCGAAGAGGAGUUUGAACGCACCAAGGAGAUCACGACAACCCAGAAGCUUGCGUCGGACGCCCAGAUCGAGAAGAUGGAGAAGGAGCUGGCCAAGAUGCGUGCGACGUUGACCGAGAGUGUGCAGCUCAUGGAGCAGCGCGAGAUGAACACCAAUAUCGAAUACGAGCAGCUCACGCUGCGGGCCAACGCCCUCCGCGAGGAGCUGCACACCAACGUAGAGAGCAUGCUCAACGACGUGAUUCGCUUCAAGGUGCACGUCCAGAAGGGACUGGAGGACUACGAGAGUUUUGUCGUCGACGAGGUGGAACAGGAGCUGGGUGGUGAUGAGCUUCAGCCGGCUGAGGAUGUCCUUGUUGAAGAGUGA